GUCAUGUGACAUGAAGGCGGAAGCUGCCGCACAAAUACAAAACUAGCUAGACAAACCCCUCUCUAACACUAAUUUCUCAUCUUUUUAUCUGUUAAUUCUGUAUGUUGGUGAACACUGAGGCAUGUCUUCCAGCCAUUCAAAGGACUCUUUGAGCUUCAUGGGAGGCAGAAUACCACCGGAAGUCGAGUCAUUGUCAAAAAACUUGAAGGAUGUGGACCAAGAGUUGUUCCGAAAAAUACUGAAAGCUGUGGUCAGUGCCCUGGAGGGGAAGGACUGCACAGAGGGGAUGAAGUCCAUAGCAGAGAGCAGUGUCAUCCCGCAGGAGAGGCUCUGUCACAUCGUAGCUGGGAUCCACAGACUGCUGUCUGAGGCCAUCCGCAUCCCCACAGCGUUACUUAAACAGGAGAUCUUUAAGGAAGAUCUGAAGGAACUAAGAAUACCCGAAGACUUCAUCACAGAUUUUUCCAGUGUGGUUUUUGGAAAUCGCCGUGCAGCUCUAGAAGCGGCCGCCUCUCAGAAGGAUCCUCAUCUCCCCACACUUGAAGAAUUGAAAUGGAGAGUGGAUGUUGCCAUUUCUACAAGCUCUUUAGCCCGAGCGCUGCAGCCUUCUGUUCUCAUGCAGAUGAAACUUUCAGAUGGGAGGUUUCAACGCUUUGAGGUACCUGUGUCUAAAUUCCAGGAGCUUCGUUACAACAUUGCUUUGAUUCUUAAAGAGAUGAAUGAUCUGGAGAAGAGGAGCAUUCUUAAGAUCCAAAACUAAUACACCAUCCGGAGCUGAUGUUUAUGCUAACUCAUCUCUGCUCAGUUUUUAAAACUCAGUGGAGCUUUUCUACAUUUUUCCAUACGAUGUUAUGCAAGAUAACGCUCUGCACGUCAUUAUCUUAUGCUCUGAUGGUGUUGGCAUCCAACAUACUCGAGACAAGCACUUCACCUCCUACCGUGUAUUUAAAAAUCUAUAAAGUUUUUUGAUCUCGUUGUGCAUUAGUCUUUGAUGUUUGUGUCACAUUUGAAAGUCCUGCGAUCCCACACCUGUGCCAAAAUACAAAAAAAGUCAAGUGGGCGCUCGUGCACGCUGGUCAUGUGAUACACGCUCCUCUUUGAAGCAGAACGUUUUGUUCCCUCACCUCUGGGACUCGAUGUGACAAGAGGUCAAAGAAAUGAUUUAGAAGUCUUUUGGCUAAAAGCGCAACCAUAAGUGUAAAAAGUAACUUUCUUUUAACUAAAAGUUUGUCUUGUUAUGUGUUUGUUUUCCAAAAUAACAUUGAGGGUUUUUUUUCUCACUGUUGAACCACAUUUCUGUAAUAACAUCUGUCCGUCACUAAAUUUGUAAGGAAUGUUUGAUCUGUUCAGAUUCAAACUGUGUCACAGAAAUAAGAGUUAGAUGAGAAACUGUAAACUUCAAAUGCUGAAAGUCAUUGAAAUGUAUUACAAAGAAAUCUUAUGUGUUCUUGUGACAUCUUUUUACGUGAAUUAAACUGAUGUUUUUGAUU